CAUAUUUGUGCCACCUACAACAGUACUGGCGCGUGCAUGAGGAGUCCCCAUGACUGGCAAAGCUACAAUAGGAAUGUAGUGCCCAUGACAAUGCAGCCAAGAUGCGGCUGGUGCUACCACGUGGCAAAAGUCGCAUUUGUUUAAUUUUGACGGGGAUUGGCGGACUAGUCAGGCAUUGAAGUUCGGGGAGCACUUCACAACAGCUAUACCGGCCGCUCAACUCUCUCAAGAGACUGGCCAGGAACAGACUUUUGACCACGUACUGGGUUGCAGAAAGGGAUGCCCACUCUACCAACUCCACAAGCAGGUAAUUCAUGCUGCCAGGCCGGAGACGAUCGAUCAGUGGUGUGCAAGAUCUUGGCCUCAGGGCUGGUCCUACGACCUGAGAGAGCUAAGCUGCUACACGAGCAACCAAAUCAAUCUAGCUGAUGAUUCGUUCAAUUGGUCAAGAAGACUUUGCUGAGAGUACACUGGUAGCGGAUGAGGUCUGGAGUCUGAAUCUUUAUGCUUCCAAGACGUUUCUGAAGAAGGACAGCUUUAUGCAGAUACUGCCCACUGGCGGCUUUUUCUUUUUGACGGGGCUUCGUAACAGUGACCAUCUUUGGCAGGCUUCUUAAUGAUAUGCAUCGCAGAUUGCACCAUGCUGGUUGGAGAUUGAAUAAGGAGAAGGCUUUGCAUGGGGUGGCAGCAGCAUGGCCACUUGCACGUGUUUGGUGUUCCCCCUUCUAGAAGUGGUCGGUGCCGGAACAUGCUUCCGCUGGUGCUGGACAAGGUGUGCACGCCAUGGGAGUAAAGAUAGUCAGCAGUGGGUUGAGGCAUCGAUUGAGGACAUUGAGGACAUCAGACACUACUGCUGCCUGGUGUCCGGCGCUUAUGCAACCACAUUAGACCGGCUGCAAACUCGCACUGGGAUUGAGUCACUUGAGAAUGUUACUCUCCAUGUGGACAAACAGUCACAUGGACGCGUGCCCCCACAUUACAUGUUCACGGACCAUGCCAGAAAGGACAUAGUGCUCUGUAUGAGGGGCCUCAACCUUCUGAACGUGCAUGACUAUGUCACUCUGGCGGAUACACGGAUUGGUUCAAAGGCAUACGAUGGGGGUUUCGUGCACCGUGGUCUGUUUUCGGCUGCGAAGUGGCUCAUGGACCAUGAAGGAGACCGAAUCAGCGACCUACUGAAAGAGAACGGCGAUGACUACACGUUCACGCUAGUGGGCCACUCCUUAGGGGCCGGCGUUGCCUCCCUGUUUGCCAUCCUGAUGGUGAACAACGCUGCAAAGUUUGGCAACAUCGACAGGGCCAGGAUCCGGUGCUUUGCUAUUGCGCCUGCGCGGUGCAUGUCCAUCAACCUGGCGGUCCGCUACUCGGACGUCAUCAGAAGCAUCGUGUUGCAGGACGAUUUCUUGCCCCGUUCGUCCACGCCCAUCAUGAAGAUCUUCCUCCUGAGUUCCCUUGUCUUCACCGUGCUCGUGCUCCUGGGCCGCUUCUGGCGGGACACGUGCACCAGCGAGAGGAAGAUGCUGGCGGACCCGAAGCGGCUGUACCCCCCCGGGAAGCUGUACCACAUUGUCUACAAGGAACCCUGCAAUUGCAGCAGCCUGCCCCCGGUGGUGCGCAUGGCGACGCCGGUGGAGGGCCGCUUCGAGCGGCUGGUGCUGUCGUGCACCACCACGUCGGACCACCACGUGCUGCACUACCAGGUGUACGCGGAGCAAGCGCUGCAGAACUAUACCGGGGAACCUAUCCAAACGAUGCCCCCGGCGGUGAUAGAGAUGAAGCGCGACUUCGACCAGCACAAGCGGGAGCAGUUAAAGCGAUACGACGUUGAGAAGUUGAGAAGCCAAAGAAAGGAAAGGAAGGGAGCAGCGGCUGGCCAAGCUGUGGGCACCGCUGACGGGACGAUGGACGACGAGAUGGUCGAGAAAGGGUCGGGGAGCGGAGAAGAAGAGGGUGUCGGCAACUUCGUGACACGAUUGCGGCGUUCUCUGACAAUGUCGAGGUCGUUGCCUCAAUAGCGUCCUAGCUGGCUGUUCGUCGAAAUGGAUCAGCUCGUUAGCCGUGCUCAUAGGAGUCGCUCGCAGGACCGCACAACUGUACUUUAUGUCAUGCUCGCGUAGCUAGGUAGGUUAAGUUGAUAAUCGGAAAUGCAUUGUUGCACUGUGUCCUUGCCCGUGUCGAGCUUUUGCAGAUCCGGGUACAACAAAGAACUUCCAGAUAUCUUUGGACUGAGAUACAAUACAUGUACUUUGAUAAGAAUGAAGUCCUUAAGCACAUUAUUAUCUCAGUCCGACUGGGCACAUAUGCAGCCGGCUGGGAACAUUGAUUCUACAUACGUACCUAGGAUCGAAAUCUGUAGAGGUCGUUCUGGCUGAGUCGCGAGGGCGGCUUAUGGUAGGUCGACGGCCAUCAUUAGUAUUCAAUCUUCGUCCCUAUAGCUGCUGAAAGCUUUCAGAAACAGGCCGAGUUUGUAUCGAUCUGCAGCGG